AUCUUUGAACCCACCUUCCCUUUCCUUAUACUUCUUCUUUCUUAACUCAUUCUAAUUACUGGAUCUCAAGAGCCCCCAAAACCCGAUUCUCUUCCUCUGCCAACCCCAUCAUCCAACCCGACCUCCCACCGCCACCGCCAGACGCCGACAACAACCCACGAUCGUGUCUCCACCGCCACUUAACCUCCACCCAACAACCUGCCCGACCGCUAAGACACGGUCAACAGUUGCCCUGUGCACUGAGCUCACCAUUAAUCGCCUCCUGGGCGUCCUCCUUGCUGCACAGGUCGAACCACAUCUUGCUCAUCUAUCAUCAUCUUUACUCAACAUGACAUGGUUCUCCAUCAUCAACUUGUUCAAUCAACAUAUAUAGAAGACAAAGUUGCAUCUUUUCCAUUCACCUCCAACAAAGUUCUUCCAACAAUAUUGAGGGCACAAAGGACAGAAGUUGAGGUUGAAAUAUCAACGACUCGUGUGUUUGUAAAUUGUAAGUUGUAAGUUAAAUUAAUACGUGAGCUUAAUGGAAAUGGAAACGGAAAAUCAGUACCAUCAUCACCCUAUCACCGAAAGAGGAAGAGGAAGAGGAAGAGGGCAAUCUUCACUAUUCAACGCUACUGAUCUUAACUAUUCUUCAUCUUGCAAUUCAGUCUCCCUCUCCAAUUCCAAUUCCAAUCACACUAAUCAGCAAGCUGAAGAUCCAAUGCAGUCAUGGUGGGAAUCGGUAUCCAAAGCCCGGUCUCGCAUCCAAGCCCUUCUCUCUCUUCUACCCAUGACUUCAGAUUCACUUUUCUCCCUUCCUGAUUCUGAUCGCCCUGCUCGCUCUCUCUUGGAUUCCUUCCAGGCUUACUCUGCUAUCUCCUCUGCUCUCUCUGGAUCUGGGGAUGACCCUCUUUGUCAAUGGCUUUAUGAUUCCUUCCUUCAAGAUGCUUCUGAAUCAGACCUUCGCCUUGUCGUCAUUUCUUUGGUGCCUCUCAUUGCUGGUCUCUACCUCUCUCGCAUCCAUGCUUCUUCUACCACUUCUCCCACUGCCCUUGGAUCCCCUUCGCUUGCUGGGUUUGAGGCUGUUCUUUUAGCUCUUUACUCCUCUGAGACUAAAGCUCGUGCUGGCAAACCCCUCUUGGUUUCCAUCCCUUCUCCUGCUUACCUUUCACAACAUCCUUCCCUAUAUCAUACCCCUACUCCUCGACCUUUUUCGAGUAGUAUUAAUGGUUUUUAUUCUAGGUCGUCUUCUUCUUCUUCUCCUCCUUCGCCUGUUGGAUUUGAAGGAAUUAGAGUUGGGAUCAUCUCUCCUCCUUUAGAACCCCAAAUGGGGAUUAAGUCCACCAAACGUGCUUCAAUAAUUGGAGUGGCCUUCCACUGCUUUUUCAAACACAUCUCCCAAAUGCCUUCUUGGUCUAAGAUUGAUCUCUGCCGUUUCGCUGCUUCUUGGGCUGGUGAAGAUUGUCCUUGUGCUUUGUCUCUUGACUUUCACUCUUCUGCUCCAAAUCCUAUAAUUGAACAGAAUGGUGAUGAUGAAGAUGCUGGGUCUGUUAGUGAUGAUGCUGUUUCGUCCACUACUAUUGGAGGUCUUCUUUCUCAACACCCACAUGCUUACCAAAAUGGAACCGCAGGAAGAGAAAUCAUCCUUUCUGAGGAUAUUACCAGGCUGGAUAUCAAUGGAAACAAUACUACCACUCACUCUUUGCAUUCAAAUUCUUCUUUUGAAGGACAAGGACAUGAACAUGACCAAGGGCAAGGAGUGAGAAUUCCACUGCCCUGGGAACUCUUGCAGCCUCUGAUGAGGAUCCUUGGCCAUUGCUUGUUGGCCCCACAUCCUCUCAUUACGGAGGAGAUAAAAGAUGCUGCUUCUGUUGCAGUAAGGCGUCUGUAUGCUAGAGCUUCACAUGAUUUGGAUCCCCAGGCUAUCCUUGCUACUAAAAGUCUUGUUCAGCUCGACAACCGGGCUCGGGCCACUGCUAAGGCUUCUUAUUUGGCUGCUGCUUCUUCCAAUGCCAACACCCCCAAAAAGAAGCCUGAGGUUCUAUUGGUCUCUAAGUGAUGCAGAUGCCUAUGCCAUAUCCCCUUGCUCUUAUUUAGGAACUCAAGAUGUGAAUUCCGUGUCCUUGUUGUAGAAACUCGAGUUCUAGAUGUGUGUUGCUGCUGUCAUAGAUAAACAGAAGAGAUAUACACUCGUGGCUGCGGAUGGACCUGUAUAUCUUGGUUUGCAUUGAAUUUCUUCGGUAUAAAUCAGUCUAAAAUAUGCAGUAGGUUGCAUAAUGUGUGUAAAUUGCUAACUUCCAAAUGUUGUUUUUUGAUGUUAAAUGCUUGAUACAGUAAGUUGUUGAUGAGUGUUGAAAAUUUAAAGGUAUUUGCACCCUUAAAUUAGCUUUUUUAAGGUGUAUUACCAAGUUUGAGGCAUAUAUUCCUGUGGGAAUGUGUUAUACACUUGAAAGUUACACACCUGUGGCCCUCUUUUCUCUCAACCCAAAAACAAAGAGGAAAAACAAAGACAGGAAGGUAGCACAAGAGCCUUGAUCAAAUACUAACACAUUAAUUCAUUCACUUUUUCCUAUUAUCCCAUCCCUUUCUUCAAAUUUAUAGUCUUUUCCUCCAUAUUUAUACCCACGUUUCUCCUUCUCGUUUCCUCCACUCUUUCUCCGGAUUUUUCAUCGUUACCGAUUCCUCUACUUGUUUGUUUAUUUUUACAUGUUUUAUUUUUGUAAUUGCUAAUAAAAAGAUAUUCCACAAAACAUCUUUUUUCUUUUAUGCUAAAAUCAUCCCAAGUGAUUAUAGUUUUUACGUGAAAUUAGAUGUUCGAAAAAAAUAUAUUGGAGACCAUGUCUUAGGAUAUGGAAGUGGAAAUAAGUUGACCUAAAAUCUGAUCGCCACUUUUAUAAUUUUCAACAUUGACCAUUUAUUGUAAGAUUUUACUUAGAAUAAUUUAACUUUUUUCAUAAUUUUUCUACAAUAAUCGCUAUAAUUAAUU